UAUUAAUUUUAUUUCACAUCAAUUUCUGACAUAGUAUAUAUAGCAGAAUGUUCCUUAAUUAAAAUCUCAAGAAACAAAACACAUACAAACACAUAUAUACACAAAACCACCAACAAUCACUUCAAUGAAAUAGCAGGAAUUAACAAUCUUUGGUCCUGGACAUUUUUCAAUAACAAUGGACUCAAUCCCCCAAUAAAAAGACACAGAAUAACAGAAUGGAUGCAAAAACAAAAUCUAUCCUGCAUACAAGAAACAUACCUCUACAACAAAGAUAGACAUUACCUUAGAGUAAAAGGGUAGAAAAUUUUUUCCAAGAAAAUGGCCCCAAGGAAUUUGCUGGUGUAGCUGUUCCAAUAUCUGUCAAAAUAGACUUCAAACCAAAGUUAAUCAAAAGAAAUACAGAAUGACAAUUAAUACUCAGCAAAGGAGAAAUCCACCAAGAUGCCAUUUCACUUCUCAACAUCUCUGUCCCAAAUGCAAGAGCACCCACAUUUGUAAAAGACACAUUACUAAAGCUUAAGUCACACAUCAACCCUCACUCAUUGAUAGUAGGAGACCUCAAUUCCCCACCCUCACCAAUGGAUAGGUAAUGCAGGCAUAAACUAAACAGAGAAAUAAUAGAGCUAUUAUGUUAUUAACCAAAUGGUCUUAACAGAUAUGUGCAGAACCCAAGCAAAAUAAUAUACCUUUUCAGCACCUCAUGGAAUGUUCUCCACAACUGAACAAUUACUUGGUCACAAAGCAAGUGUCAACAGAUAAAAGAAAAUUGAAAUAAUCUUCUGCAAAAGGUUUAAUCAAACCAGAUUAAAGGUGGAGUUCAGCAAGGACAGAAAUAACAGAAAGCCUACAAACUCACGGAAACUAAACUCUAUACUGAAUGACCACUAGCUUGCUAGAAUUCAAUGAAAAUGAAUUCACGACUACCCAAGUUUGUGGACAUAAUGAAAGCUGUGCUAAGAGUAAAGUUCAUAGUACUACUUGCCUUCAUGAAGAAGCUGGAGAUAUCUUAUACUAACAACAGCGUACCUGAAAGCUCUUGAACAAAAAGAAACAAAUGCACCUAAGAGGAGUAGAAGGCAGGAAAUAAUAAAACAGGGCUGAAAUCAAUAAAAUAGAAACAAAGAGAACAUUAUGAACAAUCAAUGAAACAAAACAAUUGGUUCUUUAAGAAAAUCAUCAACAAAGACAAACCCUUAUCCUAACUAAAGGCAAAGAAAGAAUACCCGAAUUAAAAUCAGAAACAGAAAGGGGGACAUAACACCAGACACCAAGGUAAUCCAAAAAGUCAUUAGGUCCUACUUCAAAAACCUGUAUUCCUCAAAAUUGGAAAAAUCUCGAAGAAAUGGACAGUUUUCUCAAUGGAUAUCACUUACCAAAGUUAAAUCAAGAUCAGAUAACUUAAAUCAAGAUCAAAUAGACUUAUAACUCCCAAGGAAAUAGAAGCAGACUUUAAAAUCUCUCAACCAAUAAAGGCACAGGGCCAGAACAUUUUCGCCCAGAAUUCUAUCAGAGUUUCAAAGAAAAGCUAACACCAAUACUCCUGAAGUUAUCCCACAAAAUAAAAACAGAAGAAACAUUGCCAGAUUAAUUUUAUGAGGUCAUAGUCACCCUGACACCUAAUCCAUAUAAAGACUCAACAAAGGGAAAUUAUACAACCAUUUCCUCAUGAAGACUGAUGUAAAAAUACUAAAAAAAAAAAAAAAAAAAAAAAAACAGAAAAGCAAAACAAAACAAAAACAAAACAACAACAACAAAAAACAAACACACAAACAAAACAAAAACAAAUCCAGGGCUGGCACUAACAGCUCUUCCAGAGGUCCUGAGUUCAAUUCCCAGCAACCACAUGGUGGCUCACAACCAUAUGGAUUAGAGUCCAAUGCCCUCUUCUGGUGCGACUGAAGAUAGCUACAGUGUACACCUACACAUAAAAUAAAUCUUAAACAAAAAAACAAAACAAACAACAAAAACCAAUCCAAUCGUGGUAGUACAUGCCUUUGGCAGAGGCAGGUAGAUCUCUGAGAGUACUAUCCUGUUCUACAAAGUGAGUCCAGGGUAGGCAGGGCUCUGUUAUACCAAAAAAUGUUGUCUUAAAAAAAAAAUCCAAGAACACAUCAAAAAGAUCAUCCAUCAUGAUCAAAUAGGAUUCAUCCCAGACACACAGGAAACAUUCAACACAUGAAAAUAAGUCAAUGUAAUCAAUCCACCAUAUAAAACAACUGAAAGAAAAACAUAUGAUCAUCUCAUUAUACACUGAAAAAAAUUUGACAAAUUCAACACCCCUUCAUGAUAAAAGCCUUGGAGAGGUCAGGGAUAUAAAGGUCAGACCUAAACAUAACAAAGGCAAUUUACAGCAAGUCUAUAGAUAGCAUGAAAUCAAAUGGAGAGAAACUCAAAGGAAUUACACUAAAAUCAGGGACAAGACAAGGCUGCCUACUGUCUAUAUGUAUUCAAUAUUGUAAUUGAAGUUCUAGAUAGAGCAAUAAGAAAACUAAACGCAAUCAAGGGGAUUCAAAUUGGAAAGUGUUGCUAUUUGCAUAUGAUAAUAUGUUAUACAUAAGAGACCCCAAACAUUUUAUAAGACAAUUCCUUCAGCUGAUAAAUACCUUCAGCAAAGUGGCUGGAUACAAAAUUAACUUAAAAAAAAACAAUCAAUAGCCUUCUUAUAUACAAAUGACAAAAGAGACUGAGACAGCAAUCAAGGAAAUAAUAUACUUCACAAUAGCCACAAAUAUUACAAAAUAUCUUGGCUAACUCUAACCAAACAAGAGUAAGACCAAAAUGAUAAAAACUUCAAGUAUUUGAUGACGGAAAUUAAAGAUUUCAGAAGAUGGAAAGAUCUCCCAUGUUCCUGAAUCAGUAGAGUGAACAUAAUGAAAAUGUGCACUAAGAUUAAAAUUCCAACAGAGUUCUUUACAGACCUUGAAAGAACAAUGUUCAACUUCAUAUGGGGGAAAAAAAACCAAAACAACCCAGGAUAGCUAAACCAAUCCUCUAUAAUAAAAGACCAUCUAGAGGUAUCACCAUCACCAUUUCAAGCAGUAUUACAGAACAAUAAUAAUACAAAUUGUAUGGUCUAGGCAUAAAAAUAGACACAUUGAUUAAUGGAAUUGAAGACCGAGAAGUAAAUCCAUACACCUAUGUAAUCUGAUUUUUGACAAAGAAGCCAGAAAUAUACAAUGGAAAAAAGAAAGCAUUUUCAACAAAUGGUGCUGGUCUACCUGGAUGACUACAUGUAGAAGAAUAAAAACAGAUUCUUAUCUAUUACCCUGAACAAAAUCAAGUCCAAGUGGAUCAAAGACCUCAACAUGAAACCAGACACACUGAAUCUAAUAGAAGAGAAAAUGAGGAAUAGCCUUGAAAGCAUAGGCAUAGAAGACAACUUCCGGAAUAGGACACUAGUAGCACAUGCAAUAAAAUCAAUAAUGAUAAAUGGGACCUCAUGAAACUGAAAAGUUUCCAUAAGGCAAAGGACACCAUUAAUAGGAGAAAACAAACAAACAAACAACCCAGCAGCCUACAGGAUGGGAAAAGAUCCCAUCACAUCUGACAGAGGGCUAAUAUCCAAAAUACAUAAAGGACUCCAGAAAUCGCACAUCAACAAAUUAAAUAAUCCUAUUAAAAUGGUGUAAAGAUCCAAACAGAGAAUUCUCAACAAAAGGAUUUCAAAUGGCCAAGAAACACUUAAGGAAAUGGUCAACAUCCUUAGCCAUCAGGAGAAAUACAAAUUAGAACGACUUUGAAAUUCCAUCUUACAACUGUCAAAUGGCUAAGAUCAAAAACACAUGUGACAAAUUCUGCUGGGGAAUGGAUGUGGAGCAAUGAAAACACACCUCCAUUGCUGGUUGGGAGGGCAAACUAGUACAGGUUCUUUGGAAAUCAAUAUAGUGGUUUCUCAAAAGACGGGGACUCAAUCUACCUCAAGACCCAGCUAUAGCACUCUUGGGCAUAUUCCCAAAGGAUGCUACAUAUUAUUACAAGGACAUUUGUUCACCUAUGUUCACAGCAGCUUUAUUCAUAAUAGCCGGAAACUGGAAACAACCUACAUUCCCUCAAUCGAACAAUGGAUUUAAAGAUAAAAUAAGUGGUACAUUAUCACAAUGGAGUAUUACUCGGUUGUUUAAAAAAAAAAAUGACAUCAUGAAAUAUACUGGCAAAUUGAUGGAACUCAAAAACCUCAUCCUGAGUGAAGUAACCCAAACUCAGAAAGAUGAACAUGGUACAUACUCACUUAUAAGUGGAUCUUAGCUGUAAAGUAAACAUAAUGCUACAAUCCCCAGACCCAGAAAGACUAAGUAACAAGACAGGCUAAAGAGGGUAUCUCUCUGGAAAGGGUCAGUGGAAUAGAAUCUGCAGGUGGAUUGGGGGGGCAGACGGGGAUUUUAAGUGUUGCAGCUCUGAAGGAAAAUGCUUCCCCUACAGAAGUUUUGCUCCAGACGCCUGGAAAAAUUUUGGUUUAAAAUUGUUUUCAGGAUUUACUAGUUAAUGCUGUCAGUUUCUCCUCGCGUUUUGUUUUUUUGUUUUUUUUUUUCCCUACUGUUAAUUUGGGCAUUCUUGCAUGAAGGAUAUGUCUUCAUUAAUUCCUGCCAAAUGAUGUUUUUAGUCACCUACUACUUGUUAAGUGUGAAGGAUAUUCAACAGGUGCGAAUACCAAGUUGUUUAAGAUCUUGGGUUUUUUUUUGUUUUUGUUUUUUGUUUUUUGUAAACUUUUAUUUAUUUACAUUCCAAAUGUUACCCCCCCUUCCAGGUAGCCCCUCCAAAAGUUCUUCAUCCCAUACCCCCUUCCCUUUGCCUCUGAGAGGUUGCUCCCCACACUACCCCGACCCAUCUUACCCACCCAAGGUGUUGAAGAUUUUAAUCCUGAGUCUCAAGUUUGCAAAUAAAAAAUGUGGGAGCACAUUUCCUCCUCUUAUAUCUGUGAUCUUACUAUCGAGCCAUAGUUUACGAUGUCAAUAAGUCAAAAGAUGCUGCGAUUGUCUCAAUAAUAGAAUUAUUGGGGAGCAAAAGAGUAUAAUUUUGUAAAGAACACUAAAGGCAGGUAAGGAAAGAGCUGGGGGUCUACUUCCUUCACCGUCAAGGCUCAGGUGCUUCUGUUUGCAGAAAAGGCUUUGGAAAAGACUGAAGGUCAGAGUCCCAAAACCUUCCGGGACGCGGCGUUCUCCUAUUUACGCGAAGAUGAGCCUUACAAUACUUGCACCUGAUCAGGGAUGAGCGCUCCAGGCCGACCAAAAGCACGCUCCGCCUGAGGGAACCCGACUGCCCCGCCCCUCCGCGGAGAGUGCGUUACUAGGCAACGCCGCGCGGCGUCACUUCCUGCCAUUUAAACUCGGGCCCACCCUCGCGGCGCUGGCCGCUCGUGUGAAUCCGCGCGCUCUGUGGUGCCGUGCGCGAGCCGCGCGGCUCCGGGGACUGGUGGACGCGGGGCGCGCCGUGGGCGGGGAGCGGAGUCCGCGCACCUCCUCUGCCGGUGGCGGAGCGGCUCCUCGCCAGAGGACAGCAGGGCCGCGGCGGUGAUGGCGGCGGCGGAGCCCACGAGCUCUGCUCAGCCCACGCCGCAGGCCCAGGCUCAGCCGCCGCCGCAUGGGGCGCCAUCCUCGCAGCCGUCCGCGGCGCUCGCGGGGGGCAGCAGCCGGCACGAGAAGAGCCUGGGCUUGCUUACCACCAAAUUCGUGUCGUUGCUGCAGGAGGCGCAGGACGGCGUCCUGGAUCUCAAAGCGCUUAAUCACUGAACUGUUAAGGAGUGUGAGUGUCUGUUGCUCUGAAAAUUCCUGUUCUGUACACUUUACAGGCUGCAGAUACCUUGGCUGUGAGGCAAAAGCGAAGAAUUUAUGAUAUCACCAAUGUCUUAGAGGGAAUUGAUCUAAUUGAAAAAAAAUCAAAGAACAGUAUCCAGUGGAAGGGUGUAGGUGCUGGCUGUAAUACUAAAGAAGUUAUCGAUAGAUUAAGGUGUCUUAAAGCUGAAAUUGAAGAUCUCGAAUUGAAGGAAAGAGAACUUGACCAGCAGAAGUUGUGGCUACAGCAAAGCAUCAAAAAUGUGAUGGAAGACUCCAUUAAUAACAGAUUUUCUUAUGUAACUCACGAAGACAUCUGCAAUUGCUUUCAUGGUGAUACACUGUUGGCCAUUCAGGCACCUUCUGGUACACAGCUGGAAGUACCUAUUCCAGAAAUGGGACAGAAUGGACAAAAGAAAUACCAGAUAAAUCUGAAGAGUCACUCAGGGCCUAUCCAUGUGCUACUUAUAAAUAAAGAGUCCAGUUCAUCUAAGCCAGUGGUUUUUCCUGUUCCCCCACCUGAUGACCUCACACAGCCUUCCUCCCAGUCCUCAACUUCAGUGACUCCACAGAAAUCCACCAUGGCUGCUCAAAACCUGCCUGAGCAGCAUGUUUCCGAAAGAAGCCAGACUUUCCAGCAGACACCAGCUGCAGAAGUAUCUUCAGGAUCUAUUAGUGGAGACAUCAUUGAUGAACUGAUGUCUUCUGAUGUGUUUCCUCUUUUACGGCUUUCUCCUACCCCAGCAGAUGACUACAACUUUAAUUUAGAUGAUAAUGAAGGAGUUUGUGAUCUGUUUGAUGUUCAGAUACUAAAUUAUUAGAUUCCAUGGAAACUUGGGACUAUUAUCUACCUCUAUAACAUUUUAGAAUUCUUUAAUAACCUAAGUAUUUAAAAUUAUGAAUGUAACACCUUUUUAGUUCACUGAUUCUGAAGUGUUCUUCCCUAACAUUUUAUUUUUUACUUCACAAAACUUGAAAGGGCUCUGCCUGCUUCUGGGGGGUAGAGGUAAUGAUUACCUGUCCAGCAGCUGCCCCUCCAGUGACCACAUUCAGUUUCUUUCAGUAGCUUCCUCUCCUGAGAGGGCAGUUACAGCAGGCUCCAGUUCAUCCAAACAAAACAUUGUCCAGAAGAUCACUUAUUUGUCUUAUGUUUUGCCGCAAAAUUGUUUCUAUGUAUCCUUCAAACAGACAUUCACUGCCAUAUAUAAAGUGAAGGAUAUCACUGUUAAGUGAACAGAUUUUGUGAAGUGCCUUCUGUUUUAGCACUUUAAGCCUAUCAGUUUGUUGACUUCUGACAUUCCACUUUCCUAGAGUACAGGAAAGAUCUGUUUAUGUAGUUUGAUUAUAAAAUGUGCCAAUGCCUGUACAUUAACAAGAUUUAAAGAAAUAAAGUUGUAUGAAACAUU